CGGUUCCUGUGUGUUUGUGUGUGUGCCACACAUAAUUCCUCUCUCCUUGAUGAAUCAUCUGGCCACUAUAUUUUUAAUCUCUCUUUGCUCGUUUGGUGUGUUUCUCCUGUUGUUUUUAAGGGUUUGGUUGGCUCAGCAUAGCUUUCCCAAAUCUUUGUUUUUCUUCUAACCUUGUUCCUCUCUCUUUCUCGCCCGAGCCAUUUCUCCGCGACCUCUUCUUCUCCCUCGCUUGGCACGGUGUGCUAGCUUCCAUAUCUCUUCCUCUUUUGAUUAGUUCCUUCUUCUGCCGUCUCGCGGUUGCUUCUGUGUUUGUUUGCAUCAGAAGCGGCCGGAGGAGAGGCAGAUAGAUAAACAGUGCCAGCCAUGUCGCCUCCUCUGUGACUUAAAUUGGACUGAAUUGAUCAGGUGGCUGCGCCUCACCUGAAGCCAACAAAGUAAGCAGCGAGAGGACGCGCCGCCAGGGUAGGGAGAGCAAGCUAUAUAUCUAGCUGUGCUGUGCUGUAGUGAUCGAUCUCUCCCUGUUGUUUUGCGGGGAUGGCGGCCGCCUCGUCCGCACCCUUCUUUGGGCUCGGCGACACGCAGAUGCCGCCGCCGCAGAAUCCCACCAAUCCAGCCCUCCACCACCACCCCAACCCCUCCCCCGCUCCCGUCGCCGCCGCCGCGCCCGCGCCGAAGAAGAAGAGGAACCAGCCUGGAAACCCAAAUCCAGAUGCGGAGGUGAUAGCGCUGUCGCCGCGGACGCUGAUGGCGACCAACAGGUUCGUGUGCGAGGUGUGCAACAAGGGGUUCCAGCGGGAGCAGAACCUGCAGCUGCACCGGCGAGGGCACAACCUGCCGUGGAAGCUGAAGCAGAAGAACCCCAAGGAGGCUCGCCGGCGCGUGUACCUGUGCCCGGAGCCGUCGUGCGUCCACCACGACCCGUCGCGGGCCCUCGGCGACCUCACCGGGAUCAAGAAGCACUACUGCCGCAAGCACGGCGAGAAGAAGUGGCGCUGCGACAAGUGCUCCAAGCGCUACGCCGUGCAGUCCGACUGGAAGGCCCACUCCAAGACCUGCGGCACCCGCGAGUACCGCUGCGACUGCGGCACCCUCUUCUCCAGGAGGGACAGCUUCAUCACCCACCGCGCCUUCUGCGACGCGCUGGCGCAGGAGAACGCGCGCAUGCCGCCCAUCGGCGCCGGCGUAUACGGCGGCGCCGGCAACAUGACACUUGGGCUCACCGGCAUGGCCGCCCCGCAACUUCCCGCCGGCUUCCCUGAUCAGGCCGGCCAGCCGUCGGCGUCGGCCGGCGAUGUCCUCCGCCUCGGCGGCGGCAGCAAUGGCGCCUCUCAGUUUGAUCACCUCAUGGCCUCGUCGUCGGGCUCCUCCAUGUUCCGCUCGCAGGGAUCGUCGUCCUCCUCGUUCUACCUCGCCAAUGGCGCCGCCCAUCAUGCUCCCGCUCAGGACUUCGGCCCGGAGGACGGCCAGUCUCAGGCCGGCCAGGGCUCGCUGCUCCACGGCAAGCCGGCGGCGUUCCAUGACCUGAUGCAGCUCCCCGUGCAGCACCAGCAAAGCGGCAAUGGUAACCUCCUCAACCUUGGCUUCUUCUCCGGCAGCAAUGGCGGCGUCGACCAGUUCAACGGCGGCGCUGGAAACGGCGGGCAGGGCAGCAUCGUUACUUCUAGCGGCCUCGCCGGCAACCACGGCGGCGGCGGCGGCGGCUUCCCUUCUCUGUACAACUCGUCCGAACCGGCCGGUACACUGCCGCAGAUGUCGGCGACGGCGCUCUUGCAGAAGGCUGCCCAGAUGGGUGCAACGACGAGCAGCUACAACGCCGGCGGCGCCGGUGGCGCGAGCUCGCUGCUCCGUGGAGCUAGCUCCCACGGGAUCAGCGUCGGUGAAGGGCCGGCCAACGAGAGGUCGUCGUACCAGAAUCUCAUCAUGGGCUCCAUGGCGAGCGGCGGCGGUGGCGCGGGUUUCGCCGGUAGCUUCUCCGGCGCGUCUGGAUUCGGUGGCGCCGUCGACGACGGCAAGCUGAGCACGAGGGACUUCCUCGGCGUCGGCGUCGUCCAGGGCAUCAGCGGCUCGGCGGCAAUGGGGCCGCCGCGCCAUGGCGCGGCCGGCCUCCACGUCGGCUCACUGGACCCGGCAAACAUGAACUGAAGUCAUCACAGAGAAGAAAAAAAACAAUAGAAGACGGAAGGAGAUGAUCAUGCUGCUAAUUUCAUUUCAUCAUAUCAGAAUUAGUCAAGAAACUGGAGGUAAUUAAUUAAGAAGAGAAAAGCGAUUUCAAUCCAUGCAAGAUGGAUGUUUCUGGGGAAAUCUGGAGCUGUUAAUGGUGAGUCGUAGUUGCUAGCUAGCUAGCCAGAGCUGGGAGGAAUAAUAAUAAUACCUGGAUUAAGUGGCCAGAACUUAAUUUUGUACCGGUACAUUUCGUUUGUUUUUCAUGUACUUUUGGCAGGGAAAUGGGUCUCUUUUGAUGUGAAGUCAUCAUGUGAAGGCCUGACCCCAGACUAGAAUCAAUUCAAGCGCGCGCUGUGCCUGGAUUAAUUAAUCUUGGAGUUUUAUUGCU